UGCUGCUUCUUCUCUCUCUUUCACCUAAUGUUCAGUUUUUUCUCCCUCAUUUACUAUCACUUUCCCUCUCCGUUCGCUUGUUUCUUCUUGCCCCUGGUGUGUCAGUAAGUAAUCUGUUUCAUUUGAGGAAGGUGGGAAAGAGAGAGAACAAAUGGAGAGCGCCCAUUUAUUCCAGUGCUAGUUAGCGAUUUGCUGAGCUGCUGGUUAGUUUAUUAGUUGUGCGAGUAAAGUGAGCAGGAGCUUCAGUAUCAGAGGAGGAUUUACAUCUUACAGAGCUGAAUUACACAGAACAUCAUGGCUAAGAAACAUCUGCAUGCUGUGGUGAUGAGCAGAUAAGGAGGACCCAACCACUGAAAUACACCUAUAGUCAUCAUGAGCAUGUCAGCAGUGCACUCCGCCUCCCCUCCUGCUGAGGAACCAGUGACACCCCCACCCUUGACCACACCUCCUCGCAAAGCUUCAGUCCGGCUCCAGGAGAGGCGGGGCUCUAAUUUGUCUCUCCUUUUGGAUGUGAACACUUUGGGGGUGGAGAGUGUCUGUUCUGUCUCCACCCCAAAGGAGGUGUGGCUUCAGCUGCUUCACACCUCCUCACGACCACUCACACACACGCUGCUGCAGGAAGCUGCCAUUGACACAAAUACGCUGAAUGUAGAGUACCAGAAGAUCCCUCCGAACUUUGUGAACGCUGCUGACCUCGAUGUUCCGGGACACAUGAUGAAAGACCGAUACAAAACCAUCCUCCCCAACCCUGAGAGCCGAGUGAUCCUGAGGAACCCGGACGAUGAACCUGGGCCUGAUCACUACAUCAACGCCAACUACAUCAGGGGCUACAAAGGGGCUCCCAGGGCCUACAUCGCUACCCAGGGGCCCAUGGUGCACACCGUGGGAGACUUCUGGGACAUGGUGUGGCAGGAGAGGAGCAGUAUCAUCGUCAUGGUUACGAGGCUGAAGGAGAACAACGAGAAAUGUGAGGUGUACUGGCCACAGCCGAGAGACAGGACGAAGAGGGUAAAGGAGGAGGAUGAAGACCAGGAGGAGAAGGACGGGCAGAGGGAGAAGGAAAAUGAAGAGGAAGGAGAGAUGAGACAAAUCGGCAGAUUCAUUAUCAGAGUGAAAGACAGCCGAGAGAAAGACGGGUUCACUGUCACAGAUAUGGAGAUUCAGCUCCAUUCUGAGCGUCGACACGUCAGACACUACUGGUUCACAUCUUGGCCUGACCAUCAUAUCCCACAAUGCAUAGCUCCUUAUCUAAGGCUGGUGGAGGAGGUGGAGACGUACAGCAAGUCCCUCGUGCCUCCCUCUAGCUCUCAGGAAGUCUCUGCGCCCGCCUCCAGCCCUGGACCAAUCAUCGUCCACUGCAGUGCAGGUAUCGGGCGGACAGGCUGUUUUAUAGCCAGCACUAUUGGCUGUCAGCAGCUCAGAGAAACCGGGCAAGCUGAUGUCCUGGAGACAGUUUGUCAGCUUCGACUCGACAGGGGCGGUAUGAUCCAAACCUCAGAGCAGUACCAGUUCUUGUACUCCACACUGGCCCAGUACAGCUCCCAGCUGCAGCAGAAACAGAACCAGCCUGCCACACUGCCUCAGAGCCAGCAGAACCCAGAGGACCAGGUCAGCAUACAGCUGCAGAACCUCGAGCUACACAGCAAACAGAACAGGAAGAUCUCAUAGAACCUGGAUAACCAGCAGUGUCUUCAGAAAAGUCCAGGAGAAACAAGGAGAAAGACGCCAGCAGCAGCAGAACUUAAAGAACUGAUGCACCAGCAGGAGGACGGCUGGGGGAACGAGGAGGAUCCUCCAGAAGAACUGGUGUUUGGCUCCAAUUUGACUGAACAAGCAGAGAAUAUGAAUAAUUAGAAGAUCAAAAGCAUCAUGUUCAUGACAGACUGAGACUGAAUCAGACUAAUUAAAUAAAAUAAGGCAGGAAUAUUCA